CAUAUCUGUUGAAAUGGGCAGUGAGAGGAAUUCACUGGUAUUGGUAGCGGUUGGAGGAUGUUGUAUUCUUUCAAUCGUUGGAGGUAUUUUGUUGGCAUACAGUUUCAGUUACGUGGAAUAUUAUGAGUUUGGAUUUAAAAGACAAAAAUCUACAGGUAGAGUGGACAAAUCCGAAGUUUACACCGCCGGCAGGUACCUAUACGGACCAGAUAUGGAGUUUAAGGUUUUCCCUCUUGAUGCUCAUUACGUCACUUUGGAAAAUGCCAAAAUAUUUACAGCAGAUAAAUUGGAGGUUGACAUCACAGUUCACUUUCAGUAUUUUCUCCGAAAGGAUGAGUUAGUUUUGCUCCAUGACACCUUUGACAUGGAUUAUAAGGAUGUAAUUCAGAACAGUGCUCUUGACGCAAUGAAGGGGGCCACAACUGCGUAUACAACAAGAGAGCUGGUAUCCAACAGAAAACUGCUGGAGGAGACGAUCUACAAGGCUGUUAGAGAACGGCUGGGGGGCACCUGUUGCAGGCCAAACUGUACUGCUGUCCAAUAUGCCUGCUCUCAAAAUUGCAAACCCAGAGCGACGUGCACCGUCAAAGAAAAAGGAUACUUUGUAGACGUCAAAUAUUUUCAACUGGGAGGUGUUAUUAUUCCUAACGUUGUACAAGAACGUUUUAUGAGAGCACUGACGUUACAAGAGGAUUCAGAGCGGGAACUUCUUGUGCAAGAGACCAAAGUUGUGCGCAAAAAUACAACAGCCAUGGUCCAGCAAACGAGGAACGCUGCAAUGGAAAUUCGGAAGAACGGAGAGGUUGAAGCCAAACUAACAAACGCCGUAGCACUGGCAAACUACUCUGCUAUCUUAGAGGCUGCUCGUAGUGAUGGAUUGAAGUAUGUUUUCGGCGUAUUAGGAUUUUCUCAACAAGAACACAAGAACAGCUUCAACUACCUUCGAACAUUAAGAGAACUGUCUACAGCUCAUUUCACCGUAGAUUUUCAACAAAGAAUUGUUGGAAAUCUUUAAUGAUAAAAACUUAAUUACAAGUAUACAUGUACAAUGUAUGUGUUGAUUUAAUUCACUUUUUUAAGCAUUUUUUGUACAUCUAGCCAUGUGUAUAAAUUUUAUAUCUGGCAAACAGAAAAUAACGCAUUUUAGUCUUUGAAUAAUUUAAAAGGUACCAGGAAUGAGGUAUUGUAAUUGACUAAUUAAUUACAUUUUUUGAAUUAAUUGGAAGUAAUGUGUAGUUGAACAUUUUUUCAAUUACUUGU